AUGAUCCCCAGUCCAGAGGUGGGCCAGAUGCUGAGUUCCCGCCAGGUCCCGGUACAAGACAAUGGGCCAGAUGCUGAGUUCCCAGGUCCCGGUCCAGAGGUGGGCCAGGCUGAGUUCCCGCCAGGUCCCCAGUCCAGAGGUGGGCCAGAUGCUGAGUUCCCCGCCAGGUCCCCGGUCCAGAGUCCAGAGGUGGGCCAGAUGCUGAGUUCCCGCCAGGUCCCCGGUCCAGAGGUGGGCCAGAUGCUGAGUUCCCGCCAGGUCCCCGGUCCAGAGGUGGGCCAGAUGCUGAGUUCCCGCCAGGUCCCCAGUCCAGAGGUGGGCCAGAUGCUGAGUUCCCGCCAGGUCCCCGGUCCAGAGGUGGGCCAGAUGCUGAGUUCCCGCCAGGUCCCCAGUCCAGAGGUGGGCCAGAUGCUGAGUUCCCGCCAGGUCCCCAGUCCAGAGGUGGGCCAGAUGCUGAGUUCCCACCUAGGUCCCCAGUCCAGAGGUGGGCCAGAUGCUGAGUUCCCGCCAGGUCCCCGGUCCCCCAGUCCAGAGGUGGGCCAGAUGCUGAGUUCCCGCCAGGUCCCCAGUCCAGAGGUGGGCCAGAUGCUGAGUUCCCGCCAGGUCCCCAGUCCAGAGGUGGGCCAGAUGCUGAGUUCCCGCCAGGUCCCCCAGUCCAGAGGUGGGCCAGAUGCUGAGUUCCCGCCAGGUCCCCAGUCCAGAGGUGGGCCAGAUGCUGAGUUCCCGCCAGGUCCCCAGUCCAGAGGUGGGCCAGAUGCUGAGUUCCCGCCAGGUCCCCGGUCCAGAGGUGGGCCAGAUGCUGAGUUCCCGCCAGGUCCCCAGUCCAGAGAGGUGGGCCAGAUGCUGAGUUCCCGCCAGGUCCCCAGUCCAGAGGUGGGCCAGAUGCUGAGUUCCCGCCAGGUCCCCGGUCCAGAGGUGGGCCAGAUGCUGAGUUCCCGCCAGGUCCCCAGUCCAGAGGUGGGCCAGAUGCUGAGUUCCCGCCAGGUCCCCAGUCCAGAGGUGGGCCAGAUGCUGAGUUCCCGCCAGGUCCCCCGGUCCAGAGGUGGGCCAGAUGCUGAGUUCCCGCCAGGUCCCGGUCCAGAGGUGGGCCAGAUGCUGAGUUCCCGCCAGGUCCCCAGUCCAGAGGUGGGCCAGAUGCUGAGUUCCCGCCAGGUCCCCAGUCCAGAGGUGGGCCAGAUGCUGAGUUCCCACCAGGUCCCCCGUCCAGAGGUGGGCCAGAUGCUGAGUUCCCGCCAGGUCCCCAGUCCAGAGGUGGGCCAGAUGCUGAGUUCCCCGCCAGGUCCCCAGUCCAGAGGUGGGCCAGAUGCUGAGUUCCCCGCCAGGUCCCCGGUCCAGAGGUGGGCCAGAUGCUGA